AUGAACUAUUUACCAUCUACAUUAGAACCCAAAGGCGAUCUUUAUUACCAAGAGAGCAAUGAGUUUUAUAGCAGUAAUACCAACUCUGCGACAGAGGAAGAUGAAGAAGGGCCCUUAAAAAAUUUCAUGUCGGCACGAAGACUUCCUUCAUUGAAUGUACUCUCUAGCAAUGCACAGUUACAACAACAACAACAACAACAGCAGCAGCAGCAGCAAGAUGACUACAUUCGCCUUAAACUCUCGGGGAUGUCCGUAUGUGUUUCACCAAAUUUCCCUCGUGGCCAAGCUACUUUAGAACGUGGUGCUGCUGCAAACGAAUAUUUCCCUCCUCCACCUCAUACAACCACCACGAUAAAGCCAUUUGAUCCCUUGAGAUCCAGCACUUCACUGCGAAGGAUUCUCCACGACAAUCAUGGGCGUCGGCAUUCCAUAGCCAACAUGGAUCUCAAUCGAUCCCCUCAAGCACAUCCCUCUUCUAUAGCAUAUCAUUUACCACAGCAACCACCACAAGCACAGCAACCAUCAUACCAUCACCUUGCAUCAUUUCCUGGACACUAUUCAGCUCCAUCAAGCCCACCACUUGAACCUACAUCAGGAUCGAUGACAUACCAUCCACAACCAUCUAUGCGACGAAACUCCUCGACUCUCAUCUACCGCGAAAAAAGCAUCACAGAAACAAGACGCAUGUCGUUGAAUCAAUACUCUCGGAACAGCCGUAUAGGGAAAGCCGUUCAAGAGGAAGACCAUGUAAAAGAUGAUAUAGAUGGUCUCUACUCCAGAAGUCCAGAGCUUCGUUUCAGCCAUAAAUUAGCAGAGCGCAAAAGACGAAAGGAAAUGAAAGAUUUGUUUGAGGAACUAAAGAACGCAUUACCAGUAGACAAAACGCUCAAAACUAGUAAAUGGGCAAUAUUGACAAAAGCGGUGGAAUACAUAUCUUUAUUACAAGACAGAGAUCAAAGUAUGGAGCAAGAGCUUAUUUCACUCAAGCAGCAAUUGGAGCAUUUAAAGAAAUAA